AUGAUGCUGCACAAGCCCAAGAACCAGGCCGUCAACUGCCCUCAACGCCGCAUCUUGAUCAGCGUGACGGUUCUCGGCCGUGCUGGGCCGAUCCGCUUCAUCGUCAAUGAAGACGAGCUCGUCGCCGCUGUGAUCGGGACUGUCCUCAAGAAUUACGCCCGCGAGAGGCGUUUGCCGGUUUUGGGAUCCGAUUUCAACGAAUUCGUACUGUACUGCCCCAGUAUCCCUAGAGUGGAAGCUUUGAGUCCGUCGGAGACGAUUGGAUCGUUUGGCGCAAGGAAUUUCAUGCUUUGGAAGAAGCCGCAUGUGGAGAAAGGCAAUGCCGCCGGCGGCGGGGAUGAAGAAGAUCAUAAGCGGCAGGCAACUGAUCGGAAAGGGAAUAAUAAUGGGAGUUGGAAGACGUGGUUCAACCUCUUCACAUCUGGAAAGGUUUCUUGCCAUUGAAGUUACCUCUUCUCCCACAUUACCAUUGUUGAGGACUCAUCUGCUGUAUAUCGAGCAAUCUUAUGUUGUCCGACGUAGAUCUGAAGAAACGGUGUCAAGGAGGAG